ACUCUGCCUGCCAGCUGUUAAGCUUUCAUUGCGAACCGCUGUGCAGACGGCUCGCCACAGCUGGGACCCAAGUAAACCCGAGCUCUUGUGUGAAAGACUGAGCUCGACAACAUGAGCUUAGGUUGGGACAACGAUCUGAAGCUGCCGAUCCAAGAGGUGCACGAAAUGGAAAGUUUACCAAAUAAGAACGCCUGGGAUAACGCAGCGUACGAGGGUUCGCCUCCCCGCUCCCCUUUGAAAGUGCAGGCUAUCUACAACCCCAGCUCUUUCCCAAACAACCCUUACGGAUGCGAAAAGCCCCCAAUGUACCCGGAAAAGAGCAAACCUUCCUCGGGAUGUUGCACGGCGUUCAUUAACGGAAUUCGCAGCUUGUGGGGCACAAAACUGACUGAGAAUCUGUCCAACAACCCAGAGCUGUACAUCAGGAGAACCUUACGUGAAUUAAUAGUUUACGUAGUUUUCCUUGUGGACAUUUGUUUAUUGACCUACGGAAUGACCAGUUCAAAUACCUAUUACUACACCAAGGUCAUGUCAAACCUCUUCCUCUCAACUGCAGUAGAUUCAGGGGUCACCUUUCAAACCAUCCACAGCAUGGCUGACUUCUGGAAUUAUGCACAGGGCCCGUUGCUGAAUGGAUUGUACUGGACCAAAUGGUACAACAGUGAUUUGAUUUCACAUGGUCCUCAUUCAUUUAUUUACUAUGAAAAUAUGCUUCUGGGUGUUCCCCGAAUCCGACAGAUCAAAGUCAUGAAUAGUUCCUGUGUAGUUCAUAAGGACUUUCGAAAAGACAUCAUUGGAUGCUAUGAUAUCUAUACAGCAGAUAAUGAAAAUAAAUCACCAAUCAAAAAUGGAAGUGCGUGGACAUACUAUUCUGAGAAAGAACUUGGAGGUUCCUCACACUGGGGUAAAAUAACGGUCUACGGUGGUGGUGGUUAUUACCAGGAUCUCAAGACAAAUAUGGAUGAAAGUGCCGCAAUUCUGCAAGAUCUGAAGGAUAGCCUAUGGUUGGACAGGGGAACUCGAGCAGUUUUCAUUGAUUUCUCAGUGUACAAUGCCAACAUUAACCUCUUCUGUGUUAUAAGGCUUGUGGUAGAAUUCCCUGCAACAGGUGGUGCAAUCCCUUCCUCACAGUUCCGCACAGUGAAACUCAUCCGUUACGUCAACAACUGGGAUUAUUUUAUCAUAGCCUGUGAAAUAAUCUUCUGUGUCUUCAUCCUCUAUUACAUUGUGGAAGAAAUAUUGGAACUCAGGAUACAUAAACUGCAGUACUUCAAAUGUAUUUGGAAUUGCUUGGACCUGGUGGUAAUUCUGCUCUCCCUACUCUCAAUAGGAUUCCACAUUUUCCGCACCAUUAAAGUGAACAUACUGAUGGGAGCACUGCUGACUGAUCCAGAAUCCUACGCUGACUUUGAGUUCUUAGCAUUUUGGCAGACCCAAUACAAUAAUAUGAAUGCUGUCAACUUGUUUUUUGCUUGGAUAAAGAUCUUCAAGUAUAUAAGUUUUAACAAGACAAUGACCCAGCUAUCCUCAACCCUGGCUCGAUGUGCCAAAGAUAUUCUUGGCUUUGCAAUUAUGUUCUUCAUUGUUUUCUUCGCCUAUGCUCAGCUGGGAUAUCUUCUGUUUGGAACCCAAGUGCAAAACUUCAGUACUUUCCUCAAAUGCAUCUUCACUCAGUUUCGAAUAAUCCUUGGAGACUUCAACUUUGAUGAGAUAGACAAUGCCAACAGAAUCUUGGGUCCAAUUUAUUUUGUCACCUAUGUAUUCUUUGUCUUCUUUGUUCUGCUUAAUAUGUUCCUGGCCAUUAUAAAUGAUACAUACUCAGAAGUGAAGGCAGAUCUUUCCAAUCAGAAAAAUGAACUUCAAAUUACAGACAUCAUUAAACAGGGCUAUAAUAAGGCUUUGAUGAAAAUGAAGCUGAAAAAAGAGCGAAUUUCUGAUGUGCAGAAAGCUCUACAGAAUGGAUCCAAGAAGCUGGAUUUUGAGGAUUUUAGAAGCAAUCUUAAGGGCUUGGGCCACUCUGACCAAGAGAUCAAAGAUACUUUUGCAAGAUUUGACUAUGACGACAAUAAAAUACUGGAUGAAGAAGAGCAGAUGAGGAUGAGGAAUGAAUUAGAAGAAAAGAAGAUUGCUCUGAAUGCUGAGAUAGAGAACUUGGGAAGGAACAUGGACAAUUCAAAAGUUUUCAGCCAGUCUGCUGACUUUGAUAAUGUAAAAGACAACAGCAACAAACCAAACAGCGGUGUGACAAAUGAGGAGUUCCAAGCGUUGGAAUACCGGGUUGUCCAGCUGGAACAUUCGGUUAGCAAUAUUAUAUCUAAAGUUCAUGCGAUCACUGUUAAACUUGAGAUAAUGGAAAAAAACAAAGAUGCGAAGGGAAAGUUGCUCCAAAAUGUUCAAGAGGGUGAAAAACAUGAUGCGAUUGAGAACCUGUAACACUCAGGAAAGGAAGAGCAGUAAAACUGGGACUCUGGCCUGGCUCCAAACUGAAAUCAUUGAGAAGACUUCCCCUGGUCACAGCUCACUCCGCCUUGGCCAGCCCACCUGGACUUCACCUUAAAGAAUAAGCAGCAACCUCAUUCUCAUGCUCACCUUCAGAAAUGGAAACUUCCCAAAAGGCUCAGAUGGGGUCUUGUAACAACGUGUAGUGCCGGUUAUAGAUGUCACAAAAUAAUAGCUGAUCUUUGAUUAUUUGAUUUCCCAUAACUUAUCAUUUAUGUAGUGCUUCAAGCUGUGAGACUGGAUAAUUUCUAAAUGUUAGCAUAUAUUCAUUUAAUUAGAAUAAUAUUCUAAUUACACAUGGAGAAACAUGAAUUAAUAUGGGCCAUUUAUCCCAGCUUUGAACCAAGAGGCCAUUUUUGAUGUGGCUGUUGGGUACCACUAAUAUAUAAAAUUAUAAUUUUACUGAGUACAUGCAACUUAACCAGUGUUGAGCAACAUGACUAUUAAAAGGAAUAUCACUCUGGCUCCAAAAUGUGUUCAACCAGCUUUGGUCUCUGCCUCAUCAACCCCUACACAUCACUUCCUGUCCCAUGCUCUGAAUGCCAGCUGAUGACUCUGACUUUCCCCAAUUGCCCGAUUGGCUUGAAAUCACUGCACACCAGCUGCCAUUCCACGCACAGGAGGUCUGGAUCUCAAAAUUGCCCAGUUUAUCCCAGUGUCUACAAGGCACGAAUUAAUGACCUUGCAUUUUGUUUACCCAAAGUGAAAAUCAGCAUGUCUUCAUAUGCUAAUUCCUGUAUCUGAAAUGUUCUCAAAUUCAGAAAACAGUCUGUCUGAAGACACCCAAACUCAGUUUUCACAAAUUGCUUCCAGAGUCCAUCACUUCUGUCAUCUCACCCAGUGUCCGAGACAUUGUGACUACUCUCUCCCCACAAUUUGUACUGUGAUGAUCAUUGGAUGCUACACUGCAGCUCUUACUUUAAGCUCAAAGGACUAACCUCCCCACGGCUUGACUCUAGAUCUUUCAAAGCUUAUCAGUAAAUCUUACACAGUUUCCUCUGCAGGGUCUCUCUCUGCCUGAUCCUAACUGCCAGUCAGGUCAACAGACUGGCUUUUAUAAAAUGAUAUCAACUACAAUGAGAAAGAGACACAUGAGGGUCGUGUGGUGAGAUUGGGAGCCAUGCAGAAAUAGAGAUGACAUAAAAGGGAGCAGCAAAUAAAUCAGCCCUGUUUUCCACAGCUCUUUUUAAAUAGUCAAAAAUUCCACUUCCCGGGAAGGAAGAAAAUACAUCCAUACUGGCACUGGAGCCUGUCUUAGUUUAUUCAAACAGAGUAAACCCUUCAAAGAGCUGAGACCCUCUGGUAGGGUUAGUGACAGAUUGAGAGCCCUCCUGCUGCAACUCAAGGGAAAGAGUACAGUUAAGGAAUUUUGGUCCUAUGAACUUCCUGACCUUUUAUUUCUCAAAGGUUGUUCUCUGAACUCUGUUGUACAUUAUUACCUUAAAAUUCAAAUAAUAAUCUGCCUAUCAGUGUACAUUGUCCUUUCUCUACCAACCAAGCCCUUGCUGAGCCAACUAAUAAACUGGUAGUUAUUU